CUCUCAGCAAUGGCGGAGUCAGAGGAGGAGGUGGACGUCCUGGUCCAGAGAGUCGUCAAAGACAUCACCAACGCCUUCAAGAGGAACCCCAACAUUGAUGAGAUCGGUGUGAUUCCGUGUCCGGAGGCCCGCUACAACCGCAGCCCCAUCGUGCUGGUGGAGAACAAGCUGGGGGUGGAGAGCUGGUGCGUCAAGUUCCUGCUGCCGUACGUCCACAACAAGCUGCUGCUGUACCGCCAGCGCAGACACUGGCUGGACAGGGAGGCUCUGGUGGACAUCACUUCCACUCUGCUGCUGCUCAACCCAGACUUCACCACUGCGUGGAACGUCAGGAAGGAGCUGCUGCAGUGCGGAUUCCUGAGCCCAGAGAAAGACCUCUACCUGGGCCAGCUGGCCCUCACCAAGUUCCCCAAGAGCCCUGAGACGUGGAUCCACCGGCGCUGGGUGCUGCAGCAGAUCCUGCUCCAGAACUCUGCCCCGGACCGGGGUAAGAGCCUGAACGGCGGCGCCGGCGGGAGCCUGGAGCCGAGUGAGCAGCUGUCCCGGACCCUCCACCAGGAGAUGAAGGUGUGCGCCGACGCCGCGGGCCGCUACCCCAGCAACUACAACGCCUGGUCACAUCGCAUCUGGGUGCUGCAGCACAUGGCCAGCGGCAGCAGCAAGGUUUUCCACGACGAGCUGACGGCCAUGCGGCUCUGGGUGUCCAUGCACGUGUCGGACCACAGCGGCUUCCACUACCGCCAGUUCCUGCUCAAGGAGCUGACGGCACAGCUCUGUCCCCCCCAGCAGGGCUGUCCCCCCCUCCAGCAGGGCUGUCCCCCCCAGCAGCAGGGCUGUCCCCCCCAGCAGCAGGGCUGUCCCCCCCUCCAGCAGGGCUGUCCCCCCCUCCAGCAGGGCUGUCCCCCCCUCCAGCAGGGCUGUCCCAGCACUAACGGGGAGGUGUCGGGAGCGGAGACCAGGAGUGGGGAGGAGCGGCAGCUCGGCCUCAGCGCCGUCUUUCAGCUCUUCCACCAGGAGAUGGAGCUCUGCUCAGACCUCAUCCAGUCCUUCCCCGGACAUGAAACGCUCUGGAGUCACAGGCGACACGUGUUCUACCUGUGGCACCAGUGGAGGGCCGAGCGCCACUGCAGCAGCGCCGCCGCCGUGCGGGACGCCGGCCCGGUCAGCGGACAGCGGCGCGGGGGCGAGGCCAUGGAGGUGGACCGGGCGUCCGCGGCGGACCCUCACGACAGCAAGCGUCUGAAGAGGGGCGCGGCGCCGCCCGGCCUGCCCACGCUGCCCUCCGAGCACGGCUUCGUCAGCGGCGUCCUGCGCAGCUGCUGCAGCCCCGAGCAGAGACGCUUCGCCGCCGCCUACAGGAAGUGGCUGGACACUGUGGUCCAGGCGCAGUCCUGAGAGACAGACCCCGUCAGGACCGUCUCUUCUCAGCACUCAAGUUGCCUUUAGACACAGAUCUGGGCUCAGCUCUCCUCCCUGUAGCGCUGACUUGAAUUCCUGAUACUUGUAAUGCGGUGAGAACUCCAGAACGCCGCGGCGGUCCGUCCUGCUGACGCUCCUGCAGGAGAGGGGGGGCUCUCCUGGAACUUCUGAUGUUCCGGAGCUCCAUCUGAGCCAGUGCUCCUUCAGAGUGGAAGUCCCGACUGGUCGGUUCAGGUGUCUCAAACCUCAGGUCAAGCUCUCUUUUCUUUAUCGUCUUCAUGUCUCACUGCGGUCCGUGUCCUGAAGCGGCAGCAGCAGUGGAGGACGAGUGCAGCAGACGCUACACGGUGUCCCAUCGUCCUCUGGAGAGGCUCGCACAGCAGCAGGCAGUGAGGAGGCUGUUUCCCUUUGAAAGGCUCAGUUCAGCGAGCCCCAACCUGGAUUCAAGACUUGAAGUCAAGAGUGUCCUACAUGUGAAAAGAAAAUAAACUGCUCAGCUUAGUGGAAUCUCUCCAAAUGAACAGUUGAUGAAUCCAGUUUUCUGUGUAACGUACAAACAGCAGCAUCAGGAGGUCGAGGUUGAAAUGAAAGUUGGGUUUUAGUGUGAGGUGCAUCGGCAGACCACUGUCUGGACAGGUCCACUGUCUGGACAGGUCCACUGUCUGGACAGGUCCACUGUCUGGACAGGUCCACUGUCUGGACAGGUCCACUGUCUGGACAGGUCCACUGCUGCCUGCACAAACGCCAGAGCUGGGAUUAAACCCUGGAAGAGCGAGGGUUCUGGCUGACGUCAUGUUUUUCCUCGGUUCCGGUGAAACCUGGACUUCAUUGUUCUGCGCGUCACUGCAUUCAGCUGUUUUCUUGCCUUUGGGUCGAUAUUAGCGUUUUGCAGUAGGUAGGCGGAGCCGUCUGUCCAGGAUCCGGGGGUCAUGAGGACGUUUCCCGUCGCGCCUCAGUCUUCAUGGUGCGGGCGGCAGGGUUUUAAGCACAGCUGGACUCCUUGGUUUCAUUGAGGACCGUUAUCUCUGGGAUUUCCAUUCUGAGGGAGUUUCCUGGUUUUUAGCUGGUUUUUUCUCCUUGACCUUUGACCUGCUCGCGGUUGACGUCGCUGCUGGUCAGUCUCGGUGAGCGGUCGGAAGCUUCAGAUGAAGCAAGUUGUCCAGAGCUGCCGGGGAGCCUCAGAAUAACACAAGCACAGCACUGUGGGUGGAACAGCGCCCCCUUCCUCAUGGGCCUGGAAUGAACAGCAUAUAAAGGAGGAGGUGACCAGGAUGUAGCUGGAGGCGAGCAGUGGAACAGCCUCUCGCCGCAGGCCUCUCCCACUGGAGUCGCCAUGUUCUCCCUGGGUCAGCUUGGCUUUUGGGUGUGGAGAAUGUGAAUGAAUGGGUGAGUGUGAGCCAGUCCUACCAGCAGGCGGCGCCACUCCAAGCACCUUUUGAUGUUGUGUUGGGUGAACGUGUUGAAGUGAGACGGAGCAGGAGGGCGCUGUGGCGGUUUGUUCGUCCAUCUGUCUGGACGGGAGAGAGUGACGGGGUUUGAAGCGCUUGCCGUGGAAGACGCGCUCUCCUUGUUGACUCUUCUCUGUGGUGGAUGCGGUAACACAAAGCCCACUCUGAACCAACACCUGCUCAGACAUGGCCACACAAACUGACUUUGGAGAACACCACUCCCGGUUGAAUUGUUCUUUUUUUUUUAUUAUUGAUAAUAAAACUGAGUAAAAACAUGUCAGCGUGAAGCUGCGUUAGAAUCUGAGCACUGGAACAGUUUGGGUUCUCCAGUCGUUUAAUUCAUUCCGUAGUUAUGAGCAAAAUUAAUAAAAUUAUAAAGGUUUAAGUCAACAUAACACCAAACUUUAUCCUUUUACUCUUAAUGUCUACUUGUGUUUGCACACAGGUCUGCCUGGGUAUGGCUGCCACUGGUUCAUGUUGACAUUGACCUGGUUUUAGGAGAAGCUUUGCGUCUUGUCUGUCCUAUAAAGCUUCCUUUAGACGUGACGAUCGCUGGAACUCCAGGAGAGAUCCGAGGGCCGCUGUCGUCUGUUUACCGCUCACGUUUUGCUUAAUGUGCAACAACAGCGACUUAGUUUGUGCUCAGCAUCGUUGGUUGUACAGGUGUGUGGUUUUGGUGAGCUGAGGGCGAGAGACGAGUGCCGGCCGGCUGACAGUCCACAGAGAUACCUUCAGUCACUCUCCCCAGUAUAGCUGAGCCAAUGACUUAUUUGUAGCACUACAUCUGUACAGAUAUUCAGGAGAAGUUUUAGGUACAUUUUUGAAAAGCCGCAGGGUUGACGUGUGGUCUGCCAACAGGCUGAAGCUUCUGAGAUCAUAGAUGCUUUCACAUAUAACUGUUUUUAUGUUUGGCAUCGAGGUUUCUGACGGGUUUCAGGCAGUCAUAUGGCCUCCUGUCACUUUCACUUACUAUUUUAAGACAUGGAAAAGGUUUCACUCAUUCUGGACACAAACCCAUCCGCCGCCAACACGAGCAAAACUGACGCUGACUUUGAUUGGAUAGCAUUCAUUGCUGCGGCGCUUUGUUUUGGACUACCUUUUCAGCAAGAUGUGCGUUUUAUGCCUGAGCUCCUUAUGGGACGAUGGUGCCACUAAAAAGCUGUUGCUGCCUCUGCUGGCCACAGGGGGCAGUGCUGUGUGGACGUCCCCGAUGGCGCUACACGUGGCCGGAGUGUGUGUGUGUUGGUGAGCCCCUCACGCCGUCUGGGUGUCGUCGUGUGUGUGUUAGUCUUGAGACGGUAUCGCCCACACCGCUGAAACGUUCCUGGCUGGCUCGCCGUUCCAGCCUCCAUGUGCUUCCAUAUAACCUCCACGGCGCUCUACGUCUCUCAGCUGUCACAGUCAUGGAGUUAGAUGCUUUAUCGUUUUUUAAUCACUGUGUGUACGAUCAUAGAUAAUCUUGGAAGUAGUAGUUGUGAGCCGUGUAUUCUUUAGGUUUGUUUUUAAAGAAUGGGCGCAUAUCCAAAGUGGACGCUGGGACGUGUUCAUGUGUUCAUGUCCUUUGCAGACCGAGGACACAAGCUUUGAAUACGAGACUACCUAUGCAGAAAUGUUUUUUUUUUUUUUAAAGGUUCAGCAAGCUUUUAAAAACAAUAAUGUAGCUCCUGUGAGUUUCUAAUUUAUUUCUCUGUUCACUUCGUUUGGGAGGUUGCAUCUCUGAUGAAUAAUCCCUGUCAUCUCAUUAAUUUUAUAUUUAUUUAUAGAGUAAAUGUAUUAUAGCUUCACUUUCAGUGUUCUGUCAUCUGCUUACCAAGAAAAUAAAGCUAAUUUGUUCUAACAUGUUUAGUUUUUUGUUAAUAGUUGCUUAUG